UUUUUUUUUUUUUUUUGAUGUAGCUGCAAUCUUUUUUUUUUAAUUUUUACUUUUUUUUUUUUCAUUUAUUUAUUUGGUUGCUCUGGGUCUUAGUUGUGGCAGGUGGGCUCCUUAGUUUCAGCAGUCAGGCUCCUUAGUUGUGGCAUGCAAACUCUUAGUUGCAGCAUGUGGGAUCUAGUUCCCUGACCAGAGAUCGAACCCUGGCCUCCUGCACUGGGAGCAUGGAGUCUUAAUCACUGCACCACCAGGGAAGUCCGCAUCUUAUUUCUGAAAAAGACUUUGUUGGUGUUUUCAACUGAAAAAGAUGAUUAAUUCAGCCGUGGCCUUGUUCUGUUUUUGUUCAUAGAUAAAUUCAUUUACUUGAAACCUUUUCAUUUGUGUUUCCAUGUCACCUGUGAUUUUCCCUGCCUUCCACCCAUAGCCCUGCCAGUUGGCAGGAAGAAAGCCAGCAAAACUGCUGAUAAGAGGAGUAUAAAGAGGGCUUGGUUCAUGGCAAGGGGACAGUGGUCUACUUGCUGGCAACAUGCUGCACCUGCUGGUGCUCGCCACCCUGGUCCUUUACGGACACAGCGCCCAGGACUUUCCAGAAACCAAUGCUCGGGUAGUUGGAGGGACUGAGGCCAGGAAGCAUUCUUGGCCCUCUCAGAUUUCCCUCCAGUACAAGUCUGGAAGUUCCUGGUAUCACACCUGUGGAGGGACCCUCAUCAAACAGAACUGGGUGAUGACAGCUGCUCACUGUGUGGACCGCCAAAUGACCUUCCGUGUGGUGGCUGGAGACCACAACCUGAGCCAGAACGAUGGCACUGAGCAGUACGUGAGCGUGCAGAAGAUCGUGGUGCAUCCCAGCUGGAACAGCAAUAACGUGGCUGCAGGCUAUGACAUCGCCCUGCUGCGCCUGGCCCAGAGCGUUACCCUUAACAGCUACGUCAAGCUGGGUGCUCUGCCAAGCGCGGGAACCAUCCUGGCUAACAACACUCCCUGCUACAUCACAGGCUGGGGCAGGACCAAGACCAAUGGGCAGCUGGCCGAAGCCCUGCAGCAGGCUUACCUGCCCUCCGUGGACUAUGCCACCUGCUCCAGCUCCUCCUACUGGGGCUCCACCGUGAAGACCACCAUGGUGUGCGCUGGAGGAGACGGAGUUCGCUCUGGAUGCCAGGGUGAUUCUGGGGGCCCCCUUCAUUGCUCGGUGAGUGGCCAGUAUACUGUCCAUGGUGUGACCAGCUUUGUGUCCAGCCUGGGCUGUAAUGUCUCCAAGAAGCCCACAGUCUUCACCCGGGUCUCUGCUUACAUCUCUUGGAUGAAUAACGUCAUUGCCAGCAACUGAACAUUUUCCUGAGUCCAACAGCCUUCCCAAGGUGAUUCUUAGAUCCACAGCUGGACUUGAGCCCAUCAAGGAAAAACCAUUCUAAGAGACUCUUGAGCCAGAUUCAGAAAAG